CUGGCCUUCGCAUUAUGGGGAAUCUUUGAGGGCUUGCUGGUGUUAUUGGCUGGUCAUUUGAAUGCAAAUCGAGAGGUUUUGAAGUCGUGGCUGACGUCAGGAGGGCUUGGUUAUACCUUUGCCACCACCACCUUGACAACAGAGUCACAUCAUGUUUGAUUGAAGCACGUCAAGGACUACGUCGCAUGACCAGAAGAUCAUUUUGGACUACCACACUUGAGAUAGUAAAGAAGUAUUAACUCAGGCCUUGGUUUUGAGUGAUAUUUGGCUUGAUGCAUGGCUGGCAUGUUGCCUUAACAAAGUUAUUUUAGGGGUUUCUUUCGAAUCAUGUACGUUGGAUACCUUUUGGAUAAAGAGGGAAGCAUGUAUCACCAAGGAGCCGUACGAAGAUCUGGCAUCAGUCUUCCACCACAGAAUUUUGUCUCCACACCACAGUAUUCAGAUUUUACGGGAUACCAUCAUGUGCCCAACAUGGACACACACGCACAGUCAGCGGGGGCAUGGGGCUCUCCAUACGGCGCACCGAGGGAGGACUGGGGCGCCUACAGCCUUGGACCUCCAAACGCUAUUUCUGCACCUAUGAGCAAUUCAUCCCCGGGACAAGUUUCCUACUGCUCUUCAGAUUAUAAUGCCAUGCACGGCCCAGGAUCAGCAGUGCUGCCUCCACCACCUGAAAACAUUUCUGUGGGCCAACUUUCACCUGAGAGAGAAAGACGCAAUUCCUAUCAGUGGAUGAGCAAAACCGUGCAGUCCUCAUCGACCGGCAAAACCAGAACGAAGGAGAAAUAUCGAGUGGUGUACACAGACCAUCAGAGGUUGGAGCUGGAGAAAGAAUUUCAUUUUAAUCGCUACAUCACAAUCAGAAGAAAAUCAGAGUUGGCAGUAAACCUCGGGCUUUCAGAAAGACAGGUGAAGAUCUGGUUUCAGAACCGCAGAGCCAAGGAAAGGAAAUUAAUCAAAAAGAAAAUGGGUCAGUCUGACGGCAGCGGAGGAUCAGUCCACAGCGACCCCGGUUCUGUCAGUCCCCUACCGGUAAGGGUCACUGAGUCCGUCGGAUAUCCACGGUUCUCUGUACCCACCCCCAGGAAUGAACGCCUUACCAUCUAUGAGGAACAUACAGCAAGUUACUGUCACUCAGUGAACUCGAACUUGAAAGAUCCAACUUUAACUGAGCACUCCAACACGCUGAAAGGACAGAACCGUACCGAACCGGAAACGGAUUACAAACUAUUACAUGACAAGCAUCAAGGCGCGUGUUGUGGAUUAGCCUACAAAAGGAGAAUCACGUCUUAGAUGCAACGAAAUGCUGGAGGCUCUUCAAAUAUUGUUUUAAUAGAAUAGUUUUUAAAAUUAAGAAAAAACAUACAAAAACCUUGUUCGUCUGAUCCAGAGACUAAAUAUUUUAAUGGUUUGUUUGUGUUUUGCUCAAUUAAGAUAUAAAUAUCAUUUUCUGUAUGUGGUGAGUGUAUCUAAAUGUUUGUAAAUAAAAUGAAAACUACAGGUACAGCGUUUCUCGGGAUGUAUAAUGAUCCUUACCCUGGAACUUUUAAACUUUUAUUGUCUGUGUAAACCAAUGACCUGCGAUGGCAGGCUGUUUUAUGCUCCAGUUUGUGUCCAAAGCGCACGUCGUUCACUUUUCACGGGGGUGAUGUGCAGGUGUCACAUACCUAAUACGGGUAUAACGUUUGAUU